AUCAAUCAUUAUACUACGUCAUUUUCAAUAAUUAGCCUCCUGUAGUAAGUGUGGUUGGUGUCUAUAUUCAUGAAAACAUCAAUAACAUGCUUCAGGUGAAUGAUAAGCCUUCUCACUUAACUACCCCUGACAUUUCUACAGUCAUCGAUCAAUCACCAUUGUACCCCGAACUGUUUUUUGAUGUAUUGACCAAACAAUCGAGGAAGAAAUGGCAGAGUAUCCUCCCAGAAUGUGCGGCCCUUGUCCUCACGCGGCGCAUUUUGAAGACACCGAAGCCGAUCACUACUUCUCCAGGAACCAGAACCCGGAACCACAUGUUAGGUUCCAUGAAGCUACGAACCUGAAUGAGCAGAAUAUCGGAGUCACUUCUGCAAACCUUAGUCCUGAUUUGAGGGUGUCUCCUGUUAAGGGGCAGGGUGGAAGUGGUAAAGAAAGGAAAUAUUUAGGUGGAAUUCCCCCUUGUCAAGAUGAUAAACCAAUAAAUGAUUGUUCAAACUCUUGUUUGAAUGCCUCUGAGCCUGAAUCCAAAGCCUGCGCUUGUUGUAGUGGAAGACAGGAGGAACGAGCAGCUCUGAAAGGACUUCUUAAGAAGGCAGACUCGGUAUCCCCGUCGAAAACCAUGAUGCACGCUAACGCCGGCGAUAUGAACUCGGGGUCCCAGGCCCCCCUUUCAGAACCCCGGAUGAGCCCCGAUGAACGAUCCCAACCGACUGGGUCCCCACCAUGCUACUUGCCUCAACCAAAUGAUUCCUUGCCACAUCCCUUGGAUAAUAAUAUGGGCCCCGUGGGGCCAUGGGCUACUGGCAGAGUGGACUGGGGACCCCUUUCAGGACUUACAGGAACUAGACCUGUUGUGGACAAAUACUCAAUUGCCCGAUACAGUGAGGGCGAUUGGAGAGCUCGCAACAAGGAGAUCCUAGAGACGGCCGGAGAUGAGCUGCACAGAGCCAGGCUGAUCGACUGGAAUGGCAGGCAAUGUCUGGAAAGCGUCCAGAGUGAGACCGAUAAGAACCAGGAAGAUAACACCAAGAGGCUCAACCAGAGGGAGAUGGAGAUUCACAGGUGGAAGUGUGAGUUGGAACGGGCCAUUGCUGCGUCCUCGGAAGAGAUACUUUUUAUGGAGGAGCAGAGAAGGAGGCUUAAGCAGGCAGCUUCUGUACUCACGAUUCCUGAAUCAAUAGCUGGAGAAUGCAUAGAUCGCAGAACUGGUCGAUUGGACUCAGAGCUGGUGAGAGACGAUGUCGAGGAAGAACUUAUAAAAGAGCUUGCCCUGUGUUCUGAGAUCAGAGAUAUCUUCUCGAGGACGCUCAAAGAUGUUGAAAAGCAGCUUUUGGAAGAUAAAACUGCUAAGCAACGGAUGGAGUUUGAUUGGAGCGACAAGGCAGUAUCACUCCAGAUCGAUAGUACUAACAUGGCUUUGAACAAUCGUUCAACAAUCUUGCUAUUCAAACCUGGAUCGGUACGGUUCCCAGAUGAACAGUCUACUCCGGAGUACUGGGAGCAUUUCACCCGUGAAACUCUCCUGGAAGGAGAGGCCACUAGGCAAAGAUCUGCUACACUAAGAGGCACCUUGGACGCCAUUUUGAUCAACGCUGCUAGAGAUCUCCGUACGCAGUCUGAUAAAGUAGAACUAGCUUUAGCCAAACGAGUUGCUUGUACUCAAGAGGUCACCAACAGGCUCGAACGAGACCUUAAAGAAGUCCUGCAUAAUUUGGCAACAGUGGAAGACCUGAUGGCUGAUUUGAGAGCUGCUAUCAGGAGAAUGGAUAUUCCGAUGAAGAAAGCGCAAACCAGGCUUGAUAAUCGUUUGUUGAGACCAAGAGUGGAAAAUUGUAGAGAUCCACCUCAUUUUGGUUUGAUUGAGGAAGUUAAGUCUAUUGGAGAGGGAACAGCAGCGUUACAGGCUCAAUUGAAUCAAGCAAUGCAGUCUCAGGCAAACUUGAUCAAAGCAAGAGGUGAAUUGGAAAAGGAGAUCAUGUAUAAGAGAAAAUCUCUGGAUAUUGACAAUGAGAGGACAAGAAAGAUUAGAUCUUUCUACCCAUCUGCUGCGGCACUAUCCGGAUACACAUAAAUGAAGACUGAAUAUUAUUUGGACAAUCAUACAAAUAAAAUCUUGUUUUGUCGACACUUA